AUGCACAACGUUAACACAUCGAUAGAAUACGCCGCUGCCUUCUUUUUGUUGGCAGACAAACUGAAGGAUGCCGUCAAUGUCAUCCUUAAAAACGUCAAAGACUUUCAUCUCGCCAUCGCCAUCUGUCGUGUGUAUGAAGGAGAUCAUAGUCCUCUGUUACGAGACAUCCUAGAGAAUUCCGUGAUCCCCAUGGCGAUAGAAAACAACGAUCGCUGGCUGGUCAGUAUGGCUUACUGGUUGCUAAACAGACACAAGGAUGCAGUGCGUGCCAUGGUAGUGCCAUUGACCCAGUUCACUGACAAGGACAUGGAUACAACAGGCGCAGAUUCGGCAGCAGUAGUGCAUGAUCCCAAUGCCUUUAUUCUGUACCACCAUCUGAAAAAAAAUCUGACGCAGGAUCAAAAAUCCAUUGUGCCUUACGAUAUUGAAUAUGGAUUCUCUCUCCUUGUAUCGCGAUCGUAUGAACGGUUAGGCUGUCCCUUGCUGGCACUGUACAUUUUGACCAAGUAUUACAUGAAGCCACCCUCUGCCGCUGUAGAAGCACCUCCAAAAGAGGCUCGAUUAGACAAAGCUGAAGAUUUGUUUGGUUCCGAUGACACCACAGCACCAGCUUAUGCCACAGAUCUGUUUGCUGAUGAUACGAAAGCCACACAAAAAUCUGCUCGUGCUUCUGAUCUGUUUGCUGAUGAUGACGAUGACUUGUUUGCAGACCCCAAAAAGCCAUCCUAUGCCAGUAAUCUGUUUGAUGACGAUGACAAGGACAUAUUCGCUACCAAGAAGCCAGCGUCGUCUUCCAAAGGCUUAUUUGAUGAUGAUGAUGAUGAGGAGGAGGGCGACAUAUUUGCAAGCACAAACACCACCGCAACUGCACUAUCUGAUGCUGAAGAAAAACAAGACACCCUGGAUCCUUCAGAAAGAGAAUACGAUGGUUUGGAUAGUUUUAAAGCCUUGCUUGUGAUUCGUUUGCUUCAGGUAAACGGUGCCCAUAUACUCCUUGACACAAACAGCUCACACUCUCUUAAAUAG